UGUCAUGCUGAACCACGUGAUCAAACGUUGACGCAACAUUACACACAGUCACCUGUCGCGGAUGUCGGCCUCUCCGUAAGUCGGAUGAUGAGAUCUCUACCAGGUGGUCGGGUUUUGUGGCGGUGGUCUUACUAACUAGACAUCUCCUUCCGUUCGUGUUACCCCCCAAUUCAAGAAAACCCCUCACCAAGCCACAAGACUACACCCCAGGCAGAACAGCGAAGCCCAACAUUUCAGCGUAGCGAGACUCAGGACAGGCGGGCAGCAUGACCACACAACUAUGCGACACGACGUCGUCUUACUGCUAGCGUUAGGAGUUCUCACAUGCUUACGAACAGGGUCGGGUCUGACCUGCUACACGUGUAAGGAGUCGUUCCGAUGGGUUUACUACAGCACGGUGUGCGAGAACGAGGUGACCAGGGACAACUCCAGCCUGUCGUCAUGCGGCUCCAGCGCGCGCUACUGCAUGAUCGAGAGCACAUCAGUCAACGGCAUCAUAACGAACUUCGAGCGCGGCUGCGCAGAUACGUGCUACUAUGGGUGCAAGAUGUCCGGCCUCGGUGUCACUAAAGAGAUUUGCACGUCUUGUUGCGAUAACGACGGCUGCAACCACGGCAGUGGGGCUUCAGCUGGCCUGUCCUCCCCCAUACUGACGCUAACACUGGCCUCAUCAUGUGCAAUAUUCCAACAGAUACUGCUGAGAUUCUGCUGAAGAUCAUGCUGUUAUGAGAUUGAUUGCAAUGCAAGGGAAUACAAACUUGUCAUAUUUAAGGUCAAAGAUUUGGCUGAAAAUCUGGAUAAGUUUUAAUUCCUUCCAAUUGGAAUGAAGUUCAACUGUUAUGAUUCAACAUACAGGGCAUUGUUCUUUCAGAACAAUUUUAUCAACCUUAGGCCACGCCAAUUUAAUUUCUUGGUUAACGGAUUUGCCGCUUCAUUUUUUCUGAUUUG